CCGCCUUCUCUUCUUUCGCUGAAGCUGCUCUAGAUAACCAAGACACCACCAGCCCGGGUCGCGUCCGGCUCUCGAAUCUACAGCCAUGCCAGCAACUAGCAUUUGCCGUCUGAUGAUGCACCGGCCAAUAUGUGGGAGGCACGGGUCUUGGGGCGCGACCCUCUAUCAGUAGCGAUAACUUGCACUCUGUUCUACAGAUCGGUGGAACCAGGAAACAGAAGUCUGGUUUUCUCAUUUUCGCCCGGACAAAGUCGAAGCCAAUGGCUGGCCCGCGCCUCCCGAAUCUAGAAUCCCUCCGACUCGUGAAUGUGCAGCUCCGGCCCGCUGGCUUUCCUGCCUUUGCGCAGGCUUUCUUCACUCUUCACUAUAUGCCUGAGGAUGCUGGUAAUGAAUCUGUGGCCCCACAAGAGGGCCAUCUGCUGCCGGUGGCGAGCCCCGAGAUUCUGGCCAAUCUUCUCUAUGUGAGUGAGACGAUCAGUGCAAAUACCCGGAUGAAUUUCGGCGUGGUUUCGCUUCCUGCCAUGCCCCAGCAGAGCUUUCGAGCACGGGUCAAUGUCUGGGUUUCUACAAACGAGGAAUCGGUCAAAUAUCGCCUUUUCUACGAUUUGAAGGCGGAUGUGCGGAAUCUCGUGCCGCUCGCAGAUAUAUCGCAGGACACACACGACAACGGGCUUUCUGCCAACGCCAUAGUGUGGCAAUUCGAAGGCCAAGCAUACUGUUUACCGGCCCAUCUAGAGAGCGCCCCAGCCAAAAGUGUGGCUGGCCGAGCGGAAACGGCGCCUGCCCCCAAGCGUCGAGAAAAACAGGCAAAACCCUCGUACACUGUGGACGAUGUCCGGCACAUGAGCAGCCUUAUCAGGGGUGUUCGUGAUUUCGAUGACAUCAAAACCGCAACGUCCACAGAGAUCGAUACUCUUGUGGCCAGAAACGUGCUGCGUCCAUUCAGGCGGGACCGCUUGGUCCACUGGCUUCCGCAGUUGGAAAAACUCAUUGCAAAGCAGGAGACCGCGAAUGAGAACUUGGAAUCUCGCAUUCUCGCCACGCGCAACAUUGUCAAAGAAAGAGCCCGGCUUAUCCAGGACGACUUCCCGUGCUACAAAAGCCUUCUCGAGGAAAAACAAGCAAUUGUGGCCUCGCAGGUUGCAUCCUUGCAUGACUCGCUUGAGCACUCGGUCUUCCCCCACAUUCUCUCUUCCAUGCGUCGCAUAGUCUCCGAGGUGAUCCACGCGUUUCCCAUCGAAAUGGCCGAAAACUCCACCCAUCAUUCAAUCUCUGGCAUAGAGUUCCCGUCCUCGAUUGCCGAGAUCCUCGACGUGUGUUACAAUGGGGAGCCCAAACUCCACCCUGUUUCCAUUCCUAAUCCACUCGAUGGCAUGGCCCAUGUUUACUCUUCGCUGGUCGACUGCAUAAAUGCCGGGCUUUCCGAAAUCGUUGCGCUUUUGAAUAUGCUCUCGUCGGUCACGGGGGUGUCCUUGAAGUAUCAAAUGACAUAUGCCGGGUCCAGGAGCUUUUUGGUGGAGCAUCUUUCUCCGCAGCAAGUGGUGUCGAAUAAUAGAGCCACGCCCGUGGCAAUGCACGUGUCCACAACUGUCACCUAUCCGCUCUAUUAUGAUAUCGAGCAAUCGGGGAAGAUGCUGGACGGUCUUGUGGGGACGGAUGGCAAGAAGUACCCAAGAAACGUCCGUUUUGAGCGCGGGCUAGCACUUUUGAACCGCAACUUAAGCUUCUUCAUCUCAGACAUUGCUGACCUAUAUUCACAAUACAAUGGAGACACCAAAACAGGCAAGUCAAUCAUACAAAGCAUUCCUUUAGACUGCUUAGACCACUUUCUAGGGAACAUUCAUUACCUAAUGCUUUUCAUCACUGCGCCGCUUCAGUGAGCCACUUUUGUGUUCUUGGCAUUGUGCACUGAUAGAGGACGGGUACCGUCACUCAAACGUGCAUCAACCAGCGGGAUGAAAUUUUCCAAGUUCUGUGCCAAAUGACUCGUAUGACCUGAAAAAUCAAAUAAGCUAUCUUGGCACCUGCUUCUGACUCCGUCACGGGGAAGAUUCCAACAAUGAUGACUAUCGUCUGUUUUGUAUUCAAUCAGCCCAGAAAAUUGCAGCCACGGCACCAGGUUUCACUUUAUAACCAGUAGCCGUCUAUCAGCUUGUAUGUUUUAUUGUCAAAUGCGAAAUGCCUGCUUUUAUAGACCAAGAGUAUUAUGUUUGAAGCCCAAUGGGUCUUCGUAAUCUAAAUACAUGUAGCAAGUAAUGUAAGGAAAUAAA